AUGAGGACGACUGGGCACCGUGCUGAGCGCGGUGCCAACCUGUGCGCCGUCUCGAGCGGGCAGGACAUUAAGCCCGUUGAUGAAGGCACAGCCACGCAGACGAGUGUGGCACAGCCCCAGGCCAUCCGGCAGCGCUGGUCACAGGAUAAGCCGUGGCCCCCGCAUGGCGCAUGUCGCUUCUCGAAGGGCUUACAUGCUGAGCCCCGAGAGGACGACAAAAGCCCAUCCAAUGAGAGGGUGGUCCCCGAAACAUUUUACAUCAUAGAGCAAAGUGUACCAGUGACACUGAGCGGUUCAGUGGCCGAACGCCUUGGAUUUAUCUGCCGGGUACAGCACAUCGAGGUCGAUGAACUUUACCCGCCAGCACAACCUUUUGCAGAAGUAUUCUCGGGACUGGGUGAGCUCAAGGGCUACGAGUACGAAAUAAAACUCAAGCCUGGCGCCGUGGGUGUGAUCGUACCGGCUCGGAUAAUCCCCGUGGCCCUGGAAGGCAAGACUAGAGCGGAAUUUCAGCGUAUGGAGGAUCAAGGCGUCAUAACAAAGCUUCGGCCCCAGAAGUUUUCCAAGCAGCAAUGGCACCGUGUUUUAGAAGGCUUGUCCUGUGUGGCGGUUGUGAUGGAUGACGUAUUAGUAUGGGGCAGAACUAAAGACGAACACGACUACAGCUUAAAACUUGUGUUGUCCCGUUGUCAACAGCACAACCUUCGACUUAACCCAAAGAAGAGUGCGUUUCUGCAGCCGGAGGUCCGGUACCUGGGACACAUCCUCACUACAGAAGGCCUACGCCUGGAUCCGGAGAGGGUAGAAGACAUACUUGGAAUGCCUGAACCGUCGAACAAGAAAGAACUGCAAGUAUUUCUUGGUACGAUGAAUUUCGUGCAGCGAUUCAUUCCCAACAUGUCGGUGGUAACUGCGCCGCUUCGAACACUGUUGCGUAAAGAUAUUGCAUGGGUUUGGACGGAGGCGCAACAAAAGAGUUUUGACACCUUGCGCCAAUCCUUGACUAAAGCACCCGUUUUGGCUUUCUUCAACCCUAAAAAGCCUUUCAUUCUCUCGGUCGACGCGAGACAAUCCGGAGUCGGCGCAGUUCUAAUGCAAGACGGCCGCCCCAUCGCUUUUUCGUCCCGGUCCCUCACAGAGGCGCAACAAAACUAUGCACAAAUCGAGAAGGAAAUGCUGGCGAUAGUGCAUGGUUGCACGAAGUUUCACGACUACGUUUUUGGUCAGGCAGAAGUGAUUGUAGAGACCGACCACAGGCCUUUGGUACCGAUACUUAGCAAGCCGCUGCAUCAGUGCCCCCUCCGGUUGCAACGCAUGAGGCUGACCUUGCAGCGCUAUCCGAUCAAACUGGUGUAUAAGCCAGGCAAAGAACUUUUUCUUGCGGAUGCUUUAUCGCGUUUUCCGAGCAAAGUGAGCAUGUGCGAGGAAACUGAUCAGUUUCAAGUCAAUGUGCUGGAAUUUGUUUCAGCCUCAGAAGCUCGUCUAAAAAGUAUUCUCGCAGCAACAAACAACGAUACCGUUCUCUCCCAGCUGCGGGAAUAUGCGCUGACCAGUUGGCCUGACAACAAGCACGAGGUUCCAGAAGUAAUCCGCCCCUACUGGCCUUAUCAGGAGGAGAUACACGCACAGGACGGUCUUCUAUUUCGAAGCAACAAGGUAAUAAAGGAAUUUCGCCACAACACUGCUAACCAGCUGAAGUCUUGGUGCGCCGAACUUUUUUCGGUUCAUGGAUUACCGCUUAAACUGUGCAGCGAUAACAGGCCGCCAUUCAACAGCACAGAAUUCAAAGACCUUUUAUAUGGGCUCGCCAUUACCCACGUAACGUCAAGUCCAUAUCAUCCACGGUCCAAUGGUAUGACGGAGAGGGCCGUGCAAGAAGCCAAAAAACUACUAAAGAACUGUUCUCUUAGAACGCCAGAUUUCCACAUGGCUCUGCUUGAAUGGCGUAAUACUCCACGCGAUGCUGUUUUGAAGUCCCCUGUGCAGAGACUGAUGGGAAGGCAGACGAGGACCCUGCUGCCUGUACCCGCAAGCCACCUGGUGCCGGAGAUUGUGCCCAACCGAGCCGUCCAUAACCGUCUCCAGGAAAUCCGGCAACGCCAGAGGAUCUACUACAACCGCCACUCCAGGGACCUUCCACCCCUGUCUCCUGGCCAGAUAGUGACUGCAUACGAUACCCAUGAGAAGACCUGGGCACCUGCGGUCUUUCUGAGGCCAGCUGAGACGCCGCGCUCCGUGGUGCUGAAGACUGAAGAGGGCCAGGAAAUUAGGCGCACUCGUGAGCAUCUGCGAGAGGCGCUUUCACAUCCCGAAGAGAGUCCUUGUGCCGGGUCCGAACGACUAGACGACGCCCAGCCCGCCCAAGAGCUACGUAGAAGCACAAGGCCACGCCGGGAGCCUUGCCGCUACCCCCAACCAGAAAGACCAUUGUAA